GCACACAACUCGUUUAGUUAUAAUACGUAAUCAGCUUUCCAGAAAUGGCUACCGCCUUCAGACUACAGCACGCGAUUAAAUUGGUCCGAAACAUUGUCAGGCCAGUGAAUUUUGCUUACAGAAAUAUAUCCUUGGAUAAACGAUGGACCCGUCUUCAAGUAAAUCAGAGCUGCCAGUUAAGAUAUUUAUCAUCCCAGGCUGCGGCUGAGAGCUUGCCAGAUACAGAUUAUCAUAAUAUUAUAAAGGAUACGGAAAAACCCACAGGCGAGGCUGCAAAACAUGAGUUUCAGUCAGAGACACGAAUGCUACUUGAAAUAGUAGCCAAGUCGCUAUAUUCUGAAAAAGAGGUCUUCGUCAGGGAGCUGAUAUCCAACGCAAGCGAUGCUCUUGAGAAGCUAAGAUACCUGCGACUAAGCGAAAAUCUGUCGUCUGAUUCAGGAGCCGACCGCAGUUUGGAAAUUCACAUUGCUACUGACAAACAGAAUCGAAUUCUAACGAUUCAAGACACUGGAAUUGGUAUGACUCGGGAAGAACUUGUUUCCAAUCUUGGUACUAUUGCUCGUUCCGGUUCUAAAGCUUUCCUGGAGCAACUUAAAGAGAAGCAAAAGGCUGGCGAUCCUUCCAAUAUUAUUGGACAAUUUGGGGUUGGAUUUUACAGUGCUUUUAUGGUUGCUGACAAAGUCGAGGUCUUCACUAAGUCAUACCAUAAGGAUGCCGAAGAACUUCGUUGGGCAUCUGACGGAUCGGGGACCUAUGAAAUUUCUAAUGCUGAAGGGGUCCAGUCUGGAACGAAAAUAGUAAUGCAUUUAAAACCUGAUUGUAGAGAAUUCAGUGACGAAACUGUUAUAAAUGAUAUCAUAAAGAAAUAUAGCAACUUUGUGGGCAGUCCGAUAUUUGUAAAUGGCAAGCGAGUUAAUGUAAUUCAGCCAUUAUGGAUGCUGGAUCCAAAAGACGUGACUCCACAACAGCACACAGAAUUUUAUCGUUUCAUUGGAAAUAGUUUCGACGCACCACGAUUUGUACUUCACUACAGUACCGACGUCCCUCUCAGUAUCAGGGCACUGCUUUACUUCCCCGAGGGAAAACCAGGUCUUUUCGAAAUGAGCAGGGACACUUCCGUCGGUAUUUCUCUCUACAGUCGGAAAGUCCUGAUAAAGAGCAAAGCCGAUAACAUUUUACCGAAAUGGCUGCGAUUCAUCAAGGGUGUAGUCGACUCUGAAGACAUUCCUUUGAACUUGAGUCGAGAAUUAUUACAGAAUAGUACACUCAUAGGAAAACUCAGAAAUGUACUUACAUCUCGCAUACUAAGGUUCCUUAUUGAAAAGUCCACCAAGCAGACUGAGGAAUAUAAUCAAUUUUAUAAGGAUUAUGGUCUCUUCUUGAAGGAAGGCAUAGUUACAAGUUAUAAUCAAAAGGAGAAGGAGGAAAUUGGAAAACUUUUGAGAUUCGAAUCAUCUGCUGGUGCUCCUGGUGAGCUUGUAGGCCUCCCACAAUAUACUAGCAGAAUGAGCCAGGAUCAAAAGGAUAUAUAUUACUUAGCAGCUCCAAACCGGAUUUUGGCCGAGCAAUCACCGUAUUACGAAUCACUAAAAAAGCGGAACUUAGAGGUUUUAUUCUGUUAUGAACCAUAUGACGAAUUAGUACUAAUGCAACUGAGUCAGUACAACGGACAUAAUUUGACUUCAGUGGAGAAGGAAAUGAGGCAAGACACAGAAGCAAACAAAUCUGAAAAUUUGGGUUCUAUGGAGAAACUCGAAGCUGAUCGUUUGGUGAAUUACAUGAAGAAGGUGUUGUCAAAUAAAGCAUACGAUGUAAAGUUGACAAACCGACUUGAAUCUCAUCCAUGCGUGGUGACAGUUCAAGAUAUGGCAGCCGCCAGACAUUUUGUGCGAACACAAAGUCAUCAAUUAAAUGAAGAAUCGCGUUAUGCGCUUUUGCAACCUCGCUUGGAAUUGAAUCCUAAUCAUCUAUUAAUCAAGAAGCUAUCUCAGUUAAUUACGACAGAUACAAAAUUGGCCGAUCUUGUUACACAGCAGUUGUUUGCAAGUGCUAUGGUUGGAGCUGGAUUGGUAGAAGAUCCAAGAACACUGUUGACUUCUAUGAAUGAACUACUAACUUUGGCUCUCCAAAAACAUUAAAAAAAGAUAUUUAUUGUACAGUUAUGAGUAUAGUACAGUCAUGUUACUUUAUCACAUUUGUAAAAGUCACAGCAUUCCUGAAGCAAUUUCUUAAUUUGCUGUCCAUCGAGUAGAAUACUGCUCUCAAAUCCAUGAACACCACACCCAUUUUUUCUGUAUUUUCGUAAAAAUCUUCGUGUAUAUUUUUUAAAACGUCGCAAUCAAUGUUACGCCCUUUCCGUUCAUUACUUUUUUCUUCGAAAAAUUUGGUUUGGACCAGUUCGACCAAAGGUAACUGAGGUUUAACUAAUGAAAUUUGCAGAUUGGAUAAAAAAAAUUCCAGAAAUACAGGAGCGUAGAACUAUUUUCGAAUACCUGCAGAUUCGCAGGAAAUAUUCGUAUCUUUCGGGAAAUUGCGAUUUUGGGUUGGGGAUUCCCUUUCUUUCCCCGUCAUGUUUGUUUAAUCGUUUCUAUUCCGUUCAGGUUGAGCAUGUUUAGUCGAGUCGUCAUAUUGAGGGUACUUACCCUUUUGGAGUAGCUACACGUGUAUAGGCCAUGCUGAUGGUGGAUAGGGGUAUAUAUAUAUAUAUAUAUAUAUAUAUAAAUACUUUAGCCAUCACUUUAAUAUUGUAUUAUGUUGAAGAAAAUUUCCUGAAGCUGCAAGAGUAGCAAUUUUGCGUUGAUUAUUUUUUGUCCUCUACGCAUAUCUUACAAUAGAGUAUGAAACAGUA